GGGUGUGGGAGCGCCCCAGCCCUUUCCUUCCCCCCUCAGCCCUUCACCCCGCUCGCGUCUCCCAUUGGCCGGCGUUGCGUGGGUGGGCGCGCUGAUUGGUCCGGGCGUGGUUUGGCCCCGCCUUCCUGGAAGUGCCGCUCCGGCAGCAGCGCCCGGCCGCCCCGCCCCCAUGCCGCUGGGCCUCGGGCGCCGCAAGAAGCCGCCGCCUCUGGUGGACAACGAAGAAUCGACCGGGGGGCGCACGGGGACCCCCGGUGACCCCCCCGCAGUGCCGGGGGAUGGGAGAGGAGGGGGUGCCCCCCCCAUCCCGGGCACCCCCACCCCCCCCGGGCUGCCCCCCCCCGCGCUGCGCCCCCGCCUGGUGUUCCACACGCAGCUGGCGCACGGCAGCGCCACGGGACGCGUGGAGGGGUUCAGCAACGUGCGGGAGCUCUACGGCAAGAUCGGGGAGGCGUUCGGCAUCCCCCCCGCCGAGGUGAUGUUCUGCACGCUGAACACGCACAAGGUGGACAUGGAGAAGCUGCUGGGCGGGCAGAUCGGGCUGGAGGACUUCAUCUUCGCCCACACCAGGGGGCAGCGCAAGGAGGUGCAGGUGCUCAAGUCCGAGGAGGCGCUGGGACUCACCAUCACCGACAACGGCGCCGGCUACGCCUUCAUCAAGCGCAUCCGCGAGGGCAGCGUGGUGGCGCGCAUCCCGCGCAUCGCCGUGGGGGACAUGAUCGAGGCCAUCGACGGGCGCAGCCUGGUGGGCGCGCGCCACUUCGAGGUGGCCCGCAUGCUCAAGGAGCUGCCGCGGGGCCGGAGCUUCGCCCUGCGCCUCACCGAGCCGCGCCGCGCCUUCGACAUGAUCGCGCCGCGGGGGGGGGGGCGCGGGGGGGGCCCCCCCCAGGUGGGGAGCGGCCGGGGGACCCUGCGGCUGCACUCGGGGACCCCCACCCUGGAGGAGCAGCCCUCGGCGUUCGAGGAGCGAGCGGUGGCCAAAGUGGACGAUCUGCUGGAGAGUUACAUGGGGAUCCGGGACAGCGAGCUGGCCGCCACCAUGGUGUCCCUGGGCGGGGACGCGCGGGACCCGGACGCGCUGGCGCAGGCUCUGGACUCGCAGCUCGGGGACUUCGCCUUCCCGGACGAGUUCGUGUUCGACGUCUGGGGCGCCAUCGGGGACGCGCGCGCAGGGCGGGGGUAGAGACCCCACCCCCACCCCGGGACCCCCCGGGA